AUAGCUUAAUCAUGACAUUAUUAAAAUUGUAAACAUAAAAAUAUCGAAAGUGGAGUAAUUUGGAUUAGUGUGACUCAUCUCUCAAAGGAAACAAUAUUUCUAAAUAUCUUUUAUUUUAAUUGCUUGCUAAGUUAUUCAAAACGGGGAACGAUAUGUCUGUAUCGGCUAUGGAAAAACACCUUUUUAAUUUAAAGUUUGCAGUCAAGGAUCUAGAGCGAAAUGCUAAGAAAUGUGAAAAGGAGGAAAAAGCAGAAAUUCUCAAGACGAAAAAAGCAAUACAAAAAGGAAACACGGAAGUAGCUAGAAUUCAUGCUGAAAACGCUAUACGCCAGAAAAGCCAAUCGUUGAAUUAUUUACGUAUGAGUGCCAGAGUUGAUGCGGUAGCUAGUAGAGUUCAAACUGCGUUGACAACCCGCCAGGUAACGAAUUCGAUGGCCGGGGUUGUUAAGGCAAUGGAUGCAGCAAUGAAGGGAAUGAAUUUGGAAAAGAUUUCUGGCCUAAUGGAUAAAUUUGAAUCACAAUUCGAAGAUCUAGAUGUGCAGAGCUCAUACAUGGAAAACACGAUGUCUCAAACCACAACUACAGCGGUACCUCAAAACGAUGUAGAAGCACUAAUGCAACGUGUUGCUGAUGAAGCUGGCUUGGAGCUUAACAUGGAACUGCCGUCUGGUCCGUCAGCUUCUGCCGCGAUUGGCACUUCUACGCAAGCAUCAACUGAACAGGAUGAAUUGACAGCGCGUCUCGCACGGCUUCGUCAGGCAGAAUAAGCCAAUAAUAUCUAAAUUAGGUUUUGAAAAUAAAAUAAUGUGUUUUGUUUACAUGGUAAAUGUGCUAUUCAAGGUGAGCACGCUGUAAAAUAUUUUGGCUUUACAAUGCAGCAAUUUUUCGUAUGCAUACCAAAAGUUCUUUGUUAAACUGUUGCGUUUCACUCUGUUGUAACUACAACAAAACGUAAUAAAUGUAUGCUUGAUGAGAUAUCAGAA